UCCGCUUUUGAUUUUGAUAAGUGUGUUUUCCAGUGUUUUGUUUGAUGUUUUGAUGACUGUAAACAAAUGAAGUAUAUUUAGAUAUAAAACAACAAUGGAUCCGAAAAUGAUAAAAAAGACUCAAGAUACGCUUGGUAAAGCUAUCAAGAAACCUCCACUUACCGAUAAACUUCUUAGCAAGCCACCGUUUAGAUUUCUUCAUGAUGUUUUUACAUCGGUUAUCAAAACGACAGGCUUUAUGAAAGGUCUUUUUUCUGAAAAAGAAUUGAAUUCCGAGAACAUUAAGGAUCGAGAUUCAAAAAUUGCUUUUCUACAAAAGGGCAUUGAUUUUGUAUCUAUGGUGACAGGGAAAUCACUGGCAGUUCGGCCACAGAAGAUUGUUGCUGGGAGUGAACCGGAAAAAACCAAUGAGUUCUUGCAGGCUCUUGCAGAGGCCAUUAAAUUAAAGGUAAACAAUGAAGAGUAUGUGAAGAAGUUCAACAAAGUCGCCUCAGAAGAAGGAGAAGAGAAGACAGACCCGGAAAAAGAUAGAGAGAAGAAAAAACACAAACCUGAGGAGAGACGAGACAAAGAUAAAGAAAAGCACCGAUCUCGUGACAAAGACAGCUCAAGGGAGAGAAGCCGAGACGAAGGGAAAGGGGACGAUCAUGAUAGAGAGAAGGACAGGGAAAAGGAUAAAGAGAAGGACAGGGAUGAAAGAUCCAAAGAAAAAAAAUCAAAACGGCCGAAUCACCCAGACAGUCGACUGGUUGACAAGUGCCAAGUGGAAGGUGAUUUCACGCCCAAGAAAGACUUGACCACUGGUAACACUGAACACGAAGCCGGGGAAGCCCCUGUCAUCAAGAAGAAGAUGAGCUGCUCGUCAGAACUGGGUCGGCAGGAAAUUGGUUCAUGGGGUGAAAACCCGGUCUCUGUGCAGACCGAUGUUGACCGCAAACGAAAAGGCGGAUCCAAGAACCGGACGUCAGGUCACCGAGACUCCAAGUCAAAAGAAGGUGCGGAGAAACCGGGGGCGGUUGUGAAGAGUCCUGAGAAGGCUGUCCACGGGAGCACCUCUCAAAUCAGCAUCGCCCAGCCGUCGUCGACAUCUAAACCAGCAGAGCUGGCAGGUCAUGGUCAUGCUUCAGGCGCAGCGAAAGGUCGUCGGUCGUCUGCCAUAAAAAGUUUGUCUGUGACGUCAAAAAGUUCCUCAUCGUCAGUGGCGAAGACUUCGAGAGCGUCGUCGUCAAGUCAGAUAGUGAGAGCAGAGUCAAAACAUGGCACGAAGUCCGACUCAUCUUCACGCAGACUGAAACACAGAGGUGACUCUGGUAAAGAGAAUCAACAUCCCGGAGAACCAACGAAGGAACAUGAAAAACAGGAAUCUCCUGCUCGAAUUCCCCGACCUACUUCUGCUAAAGGUUCACGCCGGAGAAGAGAAGGUCGCAUUGGCAGUGACGAAGAGGGAGUUGAACAUUUAUCAGAAGACGAAGUGUUUCAGCAGAAGCCGUCUCGUACGUCCGAACCGGCAGUCACAGAGGAAGAUCUGCCUCCACAAGUCGUAGCGGCGAGGAAACUGCAGAGACCACCGAGUGCCCGUCCAGCCCCGCCCCGACCAAAGCAAGAUGGCAUGGAGAGUGAGCCGGCCAUGAGACUGGGUACAGGAAAACCAGCAAAUGUCAUUGUGGAUGAUGGAAAGCAGUCUGAUGAUGACGAUGAUGAUAAUUUUAUCGUUGAGGAAUCGGUACCACCACCGAUCGAACUUGAUCAGCAACUGUCUAAACAGGAGGAUGAAGAUGACACAGAGCAUGGGGCUUUAGUGAAGAAGAUGUUGGAAACGAAGAAGGAAUUUGAGGAACAGCCUCAAGGCUCUGUGAAGAAAACAGAAAUCGAACGCCCUUCGAUGUCGGACGCGGCCCGGCGGAAGCAGCGCGAGGUGGUGAAGCGAGAGAUCGAGAAGAUCUGCGCCAGCAUCCAGGGUCUGACCCGCAGCGCAAACCCACUCGGCAAAAUCAUGGACUACGUUCAGGAAGAUCUCGACUCCAUGCAGAAAGAGCUGGAGCGGUGGAGGUCAGAAAACAAGGAACAUGCUCUCGAGCUGAAGAGAGAGAGCGGGAUCACUGACCGGUCGAUAGAACCCUUGAGAGCUCAGCUGUCUGAACUGGAACAAGCGAUAUCUGACAAACUGGACCUGAUCGCAGCCACCAAGUCAAAAAUCAUCAAAAAUGACUCAAAAAUCGAUAAACUGCUCAUGAGCAUGUCCAAGUCCUGAUAAGCAUGUGGCCGUGUUUAUUUAAUAUUUAUUUGUUUGUUUUCUUCGUCUAAAGAACACAGCAGGGCUUGAAAUUAACAGGAGCAAAAGGCAGUUGCCAUUCAGAAUACACAAUUAUAAUAAUUUUUGGCACGAGUCUGUUUGCAGAUUAUUUUUCUGACACGUGUCUCCAAAAAAUUUAGAGUGAGCUUUAGUGAGUUUUAGCGAGCUCCAAGGAUUGAUAUCCUUGCGACGAGUGUCAGAAAAGCCUAUCUAACAAAAGGACGAGUGCCAAAAAUAUUUUUUAGUUCAAUCAGUCUUAUAAAUUUAGUCUUAAUUGUUAUAAAAUUCACUGCAUUUUAUUAUUGUACCGUGACGUCACUCCUUCUCUCAGCUGUUAUGUAUCCCAUCAGCAGAAGGAAUGCAUGCAGUGUUACAUAUUAUGUGACGUCUCACUUACUAUCUUUGUUUACACAAAGGCGUUAAUCAACAGGUAGCAACGGCCAUCUACCUCCUAAACAAUUGACCAAUGAAAAUGGCACAUUACCGUCUAGGGACGUGUGCUAGAUGGUUUUCUAGCUUGGCUUUCUGGCACCUUUUUCUACUGGUUGAUUGAACUAGAAUAUGCUUUCUGGUAAUCGGUUUCACAAGCAUCUUUUUGUUUUCAAUCUUAAAGCAUUGUACAGUUAUUCAGAUUUAAAAAAUUAGUGCCACUUUGUCAAUGUUAGGAUGACCAAUGCUAAAUUGGUUAUCAUAAAAAUUUAAAAAAAAAUUAAACUAUUAGUUUAUAUUUACAUAAAAUGAGAGUAAACUUUACAUAAAAUGAGAGUCAACUUUACAUAAAAUGAGAGUCAACUUUUAUUUCAGCCUAGUGUGAAGUGGCCUAGAAUUCUUUCUCUAUUUGAAUAAUUUGCGUCUGAUCUAAAAUAUCACAAGUAGAGAUUGUGUCCCACUCCACAAGAUGCAUUUUGAGCCCUGUGCACACAGAUCUGAUUUCCUGCAGACUUUUGUUGUGUUCGUGAUCACCAACUUGUAGCAACAUGCAAACAGCAGGGAACAUUUUGUUUUUAAAAAUUUGAUAAUCAGUGUGUGACUUAACAGAGGCGGAUCUAGAGGGGGGGCAGGGGCCUGGACCCCCCCCCCCCCCCCCCCCCCCCCAGUAAAUUUUGCGACAGUUAUAAUUUUAUUAUAUAUUAAUUUUCCCCAAAAAUCCUUUAGCAUUCCGCCUUAAGUCCUUGGGGCCCACCCUAAAUUGGUUUUCUGGAUUCGCCACUAAAUGAUCAGCAACUACUGUUUCAUGUUGUAGAGUUUUGUCUCGAUCUGAGAAAAAAUGUAAUGCAAUACUGAACAAAAUGUUCCCCGAAUAUAGCCGUGAUUUUAACAAGAGUGAAAUAAUUAAAACCAUUGCAGUAUUUUCAUUUCAUGUCAUUGGCUGGGCGUUUCUAAUUACUAUUAUAACAGUUUUGUCUACACUUAUUAAAUCUCUUAUUUAUCUCUUCAUGAAUCAAAUUUAUGCUCUCUUUUUUUUAAUGUGACAAAAUCCUGUUCAUAAGAGAGAUUAGUUCUACGUUAGGCAGUUGUGAAACGUAUAACAUUAUUAUUUAGAUGCUGUCUAAACCGACACAGUCUAUACAUAUCAUUGGACAGAAUCUCUUGCUUUUAAAAUACAGCUGAACUUUAUAGCUUUGACAUUUAUUCAUCUUAAAAUAUAUUAAAAAGUAAAUAAUGAUGUGUAACAUUCCAUCCAUUUAUGUUUUCUACUGAACCUGUAACAGUUAACAUUUUAUCCACUGAGAAACAUUGAAAAUUCUAUCUUACAGUUGUAGACUAAAACAUUUUUUUUAUCAUGAUACAGAGAAAGAUUUGUAUUAACACAUAAUGGUGGCACAAAAAACACCAAACAUCUCCAAUAGAACAAUAACAAAACACCUGCUAAAAAAAUUUAACUUUAACAUUUUCACACACAAAAAGGAUCCAAUUAUAGUACGUCCCAUCUUUCUAUAAAAAUGUUUUUUGUAAAUAAUUUCAGUUUGGUUUAACGUAAGAAGAAAGUAAAAGUGUUUUGAAAAUAACAAUAAACUACUUAUUUUUGUGUUCAAUUUACAAAUCAGUCAGCUC